AAGGAAAGGAAACGCAAAGCGGUGAAUUGACAUGCAAAGGCAGUGAGAUGACUGGAGGGAAAUCCUACACACUUGAGGUGGUAUCAUGCUUCUUGGCAUCUGCUUCAUAUUUAAUUGGAAAUACCAGGAUUCCCUGGACAUUUUAGGCCACAGCUGUGUAAUCCAAAGAAAAUGUAGGUGCAGCAUCCCAGUGAAUCAGGACCCUUGGGACAGUCACUUUUGAUAAUUCAGUCAGUGCAAAAUGUUUGGCCUCUCUUAAGUAGAAAAUUGAUUCUGGUUUGUAGUGUCUAUGUGCAUGAGCCCUAAGAGAACGAAUUCACUUCACAUGGCCAACCCCCUGCAAAAGCAUUUUAUUCCAGGAAUAGAAUGUUUAAUCUUUUAAAUUUAAUGAAUACAGCAGUGAAAAAAAGAGAUCAUGUUUUCAAACAGAGCUAAACCACAUAUAAAAAACAGGGAGAAUGUGCCAGACUGUCUUAUGAUCAAGUAUUUAUAGUAAAGCUAUUAAUGGAAUGGUCACUACAUGGGAGUGGAGAUCCUAAAUAUAAAUGAAAAUUCUGAUGUGCUAAUCCUUAACAGUGAAAACUUCAGUGCUGUCCUAAAGGAUAUAAUAAAAGUAAAUCUGUCUGCAUUUCACAUGGAUAAUUACACCAGUGAUGAAGACAUAGACAAUGAGUUUGACACCCAGCUCAUCAUUCAACAGAGUUUACAGGAUAUUCACAAGCUGGAAACUACACAGCAGUCACCUGAAGAUGAGAGCUUUUUGAUUGCAGACUGUAAGAGGAUAGUUGAAACAAUAGAGACAGGUAAGGAAGAUGUAUUGUCAGGGUUGACCAAGUACCAUUCUGCUUUUGAUGAAGCAGAUGAGAUAGGCUGGCUUCCUCUCCAUAAGGCUGCAGUGCAAUUAAAUAAGAACAUUUUGGAAAUAACCCUGAAAGCUUCAAAACCCAGUGUGUGGGAGCAAACCACCAACAAUGGUGAAACACCACUUUUUUUGGCUGUCAGCCAUUGCCUCUUAGAAAAUGUCUGUUUUCUUCUUCUCAAUGGCUGCAAUCCAAAUGCCAAGAACGUCGAAGGCAAUUCUCCUCUUCUUACAGCUGUUCUACAGGACUCCUACGAUAUGGCCGCCUUGCUGAUCAGCCGUGGAGCAGAUGUCAAUCUGCGGUGUGUCAAUGAGAAGACAGCUCUCCACGAAGCAGCCAGGCUGGGCAGACGGGACAUAGUGAAGCUCCUGCUGGUUUCUGGGGCCCACCCUGACCCAAAGAGCUCCUACGGAUUCACUCCUCUUGCUCUUGCUGCCCAAAGCGGACACACUAAAACCAUGGAACUAUUACUGCAGAAAGGAGCUAAUGCUCUUGGUCAGGCCUCUGAUUCUUCUUCCAUCUUACUUGAAGCAGCUAGUGGAGGAAAUCCAGACUCUGUAACUCUCUUGCUGGAGUAUGGAGCUGAUGCCAACAUCCCUAAGAAUUCAGGCCACCUGCCCAUUCAUGUGGCAGCUGACAGAGGCCACUUGUUAGCUCUGAAGAUUUUGGUUCCAGUCACAGAUUUUGCUGCCAUUAAGCAGAGUGGCAUCAGUCCAGUUCACUGUGCAGCAGCAGGAGCACACCCCAAAUGCCUGGAACUUCUCAUCCAGUCUGGGUUUGAUGUAAAUUUCAUGCUAGAUCAGAGAAUUCGCAAACACUAUGAUGACCACAGGAAGUCAGCUUUGUAUUUUGCUGUAUCAAAUGGUGACCUCUCUUCAGUUAAGCUGCUUCUGAGUGCUGGAGCUCUGCCUAAUCAAGACCCAGUUAACUGCCUCCAGGUAGCCCUAAGGAUGGGCAACUAUGAGCUGAUAAGCCUGCUGCUACGGCAUGGGGCCAACGUUAAUUACUUCUGCAAAGUCAACCCUUUACAUUUCCCAUCAGCACUUCAAUACACGCUGAAAGAUGAAGUCAUGCUCAGGAUGCUGUUGAAUUAUGGGUAUGACACAGAGCGAUGCUUUGACUGUCCUCAUGGAGACAAAGUUCAUCCUUUCUAUACUUUUGUUGAAGGCUGGACAUCUACAGUUAUCAAAGAUACUAUGUUCUGCGAAGUAAUAACUUUGUCAUGGCUGCAACAUCUCUCUGGAAAGGUUGUUCGAGUGAUGCUUGAUUAUGUUGAUCAAGUUAGGAUCUGUUCAAAGUUGAAAGCUGUGCUCCAAAAACAGAGGCUCUGGUCAGAAAUCCAUUUUAUCUUGACAAACCCUCGCUCCCUGAAACAUUUGUGCCGCCUCAAGAUCCGGAAGUGUAUGGGACGUUUACAUUUGCGCUGCCCCAUCUUCAUGUCAUUUCUUCCGUUACCCAAUCGUCUAAAGGCAUAUGUCCUUUACAAAGAAUAUGACCUUUAUGAACAAGGAAUUUUCACAGGAACCUGGUAAUCAAACUAUUCUGGAUGAAAAGGUAUAUAAUUCCACAGAUGUCUUUCUUAAAAUGUGACUUGUUACAUUGAUUCAUAUUUCUCACUUUACCUAGCAACUAAAAUCUCAAUGCAGUCUACAUUCUUUAAAAAGUCACUCUGAACAUAGCCUCUCAACAGAUGGCUGGCAUUCUGAAAGGCAGUUUUGUAAAAAUAAAACCCAAACAGUAAAAAUUUCAAUUAACUAAGAUACAUCAGUUCUAAUACUGUAUUCAUCUUACAUUAAAUGUAUAAAUCCACAUUUCUACAUGCUCAAAAUAAUAAAUGCUACCUCUGAUAAUUCAUAAUUCUUAACAGUAAUCCUUCUUAUAGAGAAGUACAUAUAUAAAAUGUCUUAGUGACUGCAGUGAAUAAAGUAUUGACCCCAGUACAUGACCCUAAAAUUAGCUGUUCUUGUACAAAAGUCCCAAGGCCAGUUUAUUGUCCGUUUACUUGCAGAGUCCAUUACUGAGGUAAUUCAGUUAAUUGAAAGAGAACCUUCAAUUGCGAUUUCAUCAUUAAUGGGAUACAUGCGUUCCUUCUUCCUAUAAAACCCUGGCUAAGGGUUGCCAUUUAUUGGUUAAUGUGAUCACUACAAGUGUUUUCAAAUGGAUGAUGGCUUAUGAUUUCUGUACUGAACCUAGUCGACUACUAUACACAGAGGAAGGGCUCACUGAUAGAAGCAGUUAUAGGUGUUAGUUUAAAAUUUUAUUUCUAUAUAUUCUAUGCUGUAUUUAAGUACAGGUUUCUGUAUGUGGAAGCGAGGAAGGAAACUAAGAAGACAUUCAUUCAGCCAUACCUGUGUACCAUUAUAUGGCACAUCAACAGAGAGAACAGAGAGGCAGCAUGAUGACCACAGGCCCAGUCAGUUAUAGCUUGAUGUUUAUAUGUUUAGUCUUAGCAUACUUUUUUUUUUUAGCAUAAUAUAGUCCUUCUUAAGGAAACUGAAGUUAUAUGAUUUCUUUCUAAUGUAGGAAUUCAUGGCUAUACAGACUAUUUCAGUAAGCACAGACUUAAAAUUACUAAUAAUACAGUUUUCACAUAAAAAAUUUGCAAAAUUAGCUGGCAUGAAUAGUUUUUAUUUUUUUUAAUCAAAUUGUGGUGUCUGUUUAUAAAUGGGUGCUAGAUUAUAUGUAUGUCGAUACACAAAUAUAUUUAAGAUAUACAUGCACCUAGAUAAAUUACAUAAUUCUGAAGUUAAUUUCAUCUACUCCCUGGACCUUCUACAAGUGUAUACAUUUUACAAAAUUCAAAACAAAUUAAAACAAACUGCCAGUAGAAGAACAGAACUUGGUAAGUGCUACAGGAAACCAUAAAGAGCACAGGGGAUGAAUAUGCAUUAGUAUUAAAACUACAGGCCCAAGCCACUUAAGCUGGUGUACACAAUAACCUGACCCUUUAAAUUACAGGAAUUUCUUUGAAUAGGACCCAAUAUAGCAAGUAUACAUUGUAACAUGUCUAGGGUAAUUAUUGAAAAUUCUCUUAAUUUUUCUAAAGGAAAAAAGUCACUAGAUAUGAAUUAGUAUUAUUUCCCCAUAAGUGACAUUUUUUUCCCAUUUUAGCUGUUAUGGAAUUGCAAUAGGGUUAGAUGUGUAAUAACAGUAUCAUAACAGAUUAAGAAAAAGUCCAAUUGUUUUAUAAGCAUCAUUUGAAAUUACUUGGAGAAGUAAAAUUCAGAGUAUAUAUCAAAUAUUUCAUACAAAAAAGACUAUAAAAAAAUCAUGGACUUUAUUAUACAUUAAAAAUAUCCUAACAGCAUAUUUCCUGAAGCCUUGUCAGGAAUACUUAUUUUGACAAAAUGAAAAAAUAAGUUCUUCACUCCACAUGUAUACCACCAUUACAUAAAGUCGAGUUUUUCAAAUUUAAUUCUAAAGGGAAAUGAAGCCUAAUUUUUAACUGUAUAUGCAUGAUUAACAAUAUCAGUGAAAUAUGAACCAAUUCACUUACAUUACAAAAUCACCAAAUAUACAAAGUGGUUUUGCACAUUAGUUAUAACUUAAUCCCCAGUUCUCAUAUUAACCUAAGUAAAUUACACGAGUACAGCCACAAGAGAUUAGUUAAAAAGUAUAAUAUAGUUCCAGUUUCAAAUUAUUAUGUAUUAUUAAUUAAUACGGAAGAAAAAAAUCUCAUGAAAGAAAAGUAAGCCGAACUUGAUAAAAAUAAAGUCAAAGGCUUGCUUGCUACAAUCAGUGUGUUUGAAUAUUUAAAGUACAGUUUGAAUGCUAGGAGGCUGUUAUCAAAACCAACGUUAAUAUUUUCAUUUUAUUAAUUUGGGUGGCAGAGGUUUUACAAAACACAGGCUCUUAGGGUCUGUCAGCAGGUAUAAGAAGAUUCAAAUCUUAAAUACUUGCAGUUCCUAUAUAUAAUUCAAAAUUAACUCAGAUGCCUUUACCACAUAUGAUUAUAUGUUAUGUAGAAUGGUAUGCACACCAUACUAUCCUUUCCUCAAGCAUAAAAGUAACAUAAAUUUACCACCCCUAGACUGUGGAAUCUGAGAAUUCUUUUGAAAUUAAACACGAAGUAAUCAUUGUAAACAUGGCAAAAACUAGACUGGGGACUGUGUUCAAGGCAACAGUUUUAGUCCCUCGUUAGCAAGUUUUCCCAAUUUUACAAGGGGGAAGGAAUCAUCAGUUUCCUAUCUAUUGACUUCACUACCAUAGUUACAAAAGUACUGUUGACAUAGGUAGCAAGAGUGCCUAGCAGAAUUAAGUAGACUUAAUUUCUUUCCUUUUAAAGAAUCAGUUUUGUUAAUCUCUAAAACCAUUAAGUGCAAGUUCAAGUCUGAGAAAGAUAUCCCAAAAGCUAAUUCAAUCACCACCAAAACAUCCAAAAGCUUGAAGGGAUUUCAAAGGGUAACAAAGAUCAGCUUUAACAUUACGCAGAAAUCCACGGGGAGCCUUCCUUAAACAAAACACAGAAUUUAUUAAAGUUGAUCCUUAAAUAUCUGCAGUAAUGGAAUUGUUCAUAUGGUUUACAGUAAUGGAACAGAAGUUGAAUCAUCUAAAAUUGUUAAACCCACACAUAACUUCUAUUUGGCACUGGAAAGCACUUUGGUCUGACCUAUAGACAUGGGUGUGUUAUUGUGGAAAUUCCUAUCAAAACAUGAUGUAAAAGGAACCACAAGUCUGUCCAGCAUCCCUAAGUCUGCCAGUACCCUUAACUUUAGCCUACACUUUGACCCAGAGUGCUCACCAAGGGCUGUAGUACGCUACCAUGCAAAGCACCAGCCUAGUAAAACUGCCUCCUAAUGCUGACCACCUUCCCUGCACGGUGGCUGACAAGUUACACCUGAACUAAGUGAGGUGACAACUUUAUAGUAGAAGACUUACUGAAACAAAAAGCUUACUAAUUCUCAAAAAGGUCUUAAAAGCAGGACCUGCCGUGACUAAGCAAAUGCUGACCACAGAAGAAAUUUCAAUUUCUACAAAAGGAAUGAUACACAAACUACUGUGAAAGCAUUCCCUUUAGCAAGGACAAAAUAAACUUCUUUCAAAAAGUAUUCCAUAAAUUUCUACUUUUUUACUAUAUGUUUUGGUAACAUAAGGCUUCAAAAUAAUGAUUAAGUAAUCAUUAUUCCCAUUUGGCACAUGGCUAAAAAAAAUCAUGAUACUAUAUAUAAUUAUCUAUCCCGUUCCUACAGAAAACAAUGUAUAUACAGUGUGAAACACCCACACUAUAUUGUGAGAACUAUAUGCCAUUUCUAAAUCAGAACUAAAAAGAAAAAAUUAUAUGUUAAAUAACAAAAGGCUUUUCCCUUGUAAAAUUAGUCUUAGUGGCUAAUCUCUUGAAAACUUUAAAUGCAUGACUGUGUAAAAUAUUUUAUUCAAUAUAUUUAACUUGGCCAUAUAUACUUUUACAUGUGAAACACAGGAACAUAAUUUCUAUCAGCAAUGUUAAAAAUCCAAGGUAAAAAAAAAAAGUUUUGACACAGAAUUAGGCAGUAGAGAAAUGUCAUUUUAACCUUGGCACCAGGUUAAAAUCCUUCCUGGGUUGACUCUCCUAUAACAAGCACUCAAUUGCUUUUCAGUCUUUCAUGGAAUUAGACCUUUCACUCUACUUACUUAAAGAGGACAAGUAUUAACAAUAAUUAGUGCAAAUUAUUCUAUUCUCAUAUAUUAUUUGCCUUCACAGAUAUAAAGUGAUGAUCAGUAUUUUAUAAAAACAUGGAAUUAUGAAAAUACUGUGGGCUAUCAGUCUGAAAUUUAAAAGAUUACAUUUUUAAACUAAAUUCUGAGAAUUUUUAAGCAGGAAACAAUUGCUAUAGAACUUCUUUCUAAAUGUCACUUGAUUUUCAAUAAAAAUUAUUUCACACAAUGCAGAAAAUACCAUGUAUCCUGUAACAAUAUCUUUACAUGUUAAAUCCUAAUCUAAAAUGUAUUUGAACAAAAAAAAAAAUCCCUUUUAAUAAAUUCCAAAAUCUUAUUUUAA